AUGUCUGACGAGGACGACACCAAGAGCCGGUCGUCUAACCGCAACGGGAUGUUCGCCCCUGGUGUGCUGCUGCGGGUGCAGUACGCAUGCUACCUGUUUGUCGGCCUCAUCGCGACGAUGGUUCUCCGCGGUACUCUCGCAAGUCUCUUCAGUCAUGUCCAAAUAAUUCAGAAGGGGUGUGAGUUUGCCAGUGGCGGCAACAGUAACUUCUGCACGAGUGAGGUGCUCGUCUACCGCGUUAGCUUCGCCCUCGCUGCAUUCUUUUUUCUCCACUGGUUGUCCGUCUCUGACCUGACGUGCUGCAUCCAAAGCGAGGCUCGGAUGGAGUUCCAGAAGCGCUUCUUCUUUGCCAAGACCAUUCUAUUGUUGCUUCUGUUUGCAUCAACGUUUUGGAUCCCAAACAGCUUCUUUGGUUUUUACGCGUACGCGUGCCUCGUUUCGUCUGGCAUAUUCCUCCUGAUGAAUGUCAUCUUCUUGGUGGACUUCAGCUACCAGUGGAGUGAUGACUGGGGACGGAGAAGCGAGCGCUCCAGCAAGUGGAUGUGGUAUCUGCUGGCCAUGGCGGUUCUGUGCUAUGCCGGAGGCGUAGCCUUCAACGUGGUCUCGUUUGUCAUGUACGUCCCACACCAGAACUGCAAUUACAACGCCUUUGCUAUUUCCAGUGUGCUUGUGAGUGGGCUCAUAUACACCGUACUGUCCAUUUGGGUCCCGCACGGCUCCCUGGUACCGAGCAGCAUAGUUUUCCUGUACACGAGUAGCAUCAUGUUCGUGACACUGCGUACCGGCACGGAUUCAUAUUGCAAUCGUCUCGCGGUGCCGAACGGCGAUACGGCGUCGAUAAAGCAGAUGCUUCUCGCGAGUGUUGUUAGCAGCUUUGCACUCGGAUACAGCGUUGUUUCUUCUGGUGGCAACAGCAGCGCCCUCGGCAUCGGACGCGACGAGGACGGCGAGGAGGAGGACCCCGAAGAGAGUGGCCACCUCGGACACUACAUGUUCUUUUAUGCAACAAUGGUGUUGGGCGCGAUGUACCUCGCGAUGCUGGCGACAGGGUGGCAUGUGAGCGGCCUGGGCGAGGGUGCGUUGCUUAGCAGCAUCAACAUCGCCUUCUGGGUGCGCAGUACAACCGUGUGGGCGGCGGUGCUCCUCUAUGUCUGGUCGCUUCUCGCGCCGUACUACUGUUGCAGGGACCGCGACUUUGGCUUUGCCGUUGACGACUGGUGA